AUGCUCGGGAACAUUUCCCCUUCAGAAUCAUAUGACGUUGUGCCUACCCCACAGCAGACAAGCAGUGCCCGGUGCAGAAAGCACUACAACAUCCUCCGUACGCCAUGGAAGAUGUCGGUUGUCAACGACGACGGGCCCCCUUCGCGGGAUACAUCCCCGUAUGUGCAUUCCCUGGUUCACGAACUCCAAACCCAAGGACACAUCGUGACUGUGGUCUUGCCAAACCAGCAACGUUCCUGGAUCGGGAAAGCCCACUUCGUCGGGGAGGUGGUCAAGGCGACGUAUCUCUCCCCUGGCGAACUGUUCCACAGCAGCAUUGGGGUGCAAAAUCAACGUCCAUGGAUGCUGGUCAAUUCGACCCCCGCUGGUUGUGAGGGCAAGCCCAUCCCAAUCGACCUGGUGGUAUCGGGCCCCAACCUCGGAGCGAACGCCACAGCUCUCUUUUCCCUCUCCAGUGGCACAAUCGGCGGGGGCAUGGAGGCUGUCCUGUGUGGAAAGAGGUCCAUUGCUUUAUCCUUUGAGCCCGCUACAAAACACGACGUCUGCAAUCCGGUGCAGAUUACAGAUGCAUCUAGGCAUGCCAUACGUCUGAUUGAGCAUUUGUACCGCAGCUGGGACCAAGGCGUAGAACUCUACUCCGUGAACAUACCGCUGCAAUCUGAUCCCAGCGGAGACAGGAAGGUCGUGUAUACUCGGAUCCGACCGAACCGUUGGCUGGCAGCCAGUCCGUUUCAAGUUGUUUCGCCGUCGGGUGAUGCAACUACGCAGAACGCGGAUUCGCCUCUGCUACUGCGUUCGUCAGAUUUGUGUCGUCCCUGA